AUGGACGAAGAAGCCGCAACAGAAACUGAUCCUCUACUGUCAAAGCAUCCAGCUGCAUCUCGCCGUCACUUUGACAAUGACACUUCAAAACCAAAUCCCAUUCCCAUCGCACCUCAACCAACGCCAAACAACAAUGAAACAGACGCAGACAGCGAGCCUCUUUCUCAACAAGAUGUCUAUACUCUGCUCGGAAUGGCUGCUCCCACGGCAAACAACACAACACCUCGCCACCUCGAAUCUGCACAUGGCUUCUAUGCCCAGCUUCUAAAGACCGAGCGUCGCGCAUCACGUCACUAUCGCAUGUACGAUGUUGCAAUCUUCUUUCUCAUGAUCGUUCAACUCUGCAUCUCGGCUGUUUUUGUCGUACUCGGCUCGCUGCCUAAUCUCGAUCGUCAUCAUGUGGCUGUUGCUUCGCUAGGCGCUAUCGCUACAGUCGUGGCAGGGGUGUUGGCACUGAUGAAAGGCCAAGGACUACCAAACCGCCUACGCAUGGAGCGUGAUGCGUUGAGAAGAGUGGUGUUUGAGACUGAAGAGCUGUACUGGGACGCUAGGGCCGGCAGAGAGGUAGACUUUGCCGAUGUUGAAAGAUUGAGAGAUGCAUAUGUUGCUGUGGUUGAAGAUGCGAGAAAGAAUCAUCCUGAUGUAUGGACUUCGAGUCCAGUACCUGUGCGGGUCAAGACGGGGUUGAGUGGAAAGGGGACGCAGAUGCAGAUGCCGGGAGCCGCGCAGAUUGCAAAGCUGUGA